AUGAAGUAUUUGUUGCUAGUUGCUUGCCUCCCGGCACUUGCCUUUGGUCUGGCGGUGCGACCAUGUGCCAACAAUGCGCCUAUCCCGCAGGACGUCCGUGUCGUAGGUUGCACGGCAGAACCGUGUGUCAUUCCGAUUGGUGGCAUGGUCGACAUGGACUGUGACUUCGUCUCUCCACGGGCGUCCAACAACGUUCAGGCAUCGCUAGACAUCUUCCUCGGUGAUUUCCGCGUGCCGUACGAACUGCCAGCGGCGCAGCAGAAUGCCUGUAACUUUUUCGAGGCCGGCAGCUGCCCGAUAUCAGCGGGAGAAUUCAUCAACUACCACUUGAGUACGCCGGCGGCCGCUCCGUUCGCGGGUAUCACCGUCGAUCUGCAGCUCCAGCUCACUGACGACAACGGAGAACCGCUGUUCUGCUUCCGUUCAUCCGCUCAGAUCGUGGCAGUGUGA